UCACAGCGCAGUGUUUCAUAUACACUGGGGAGUAGAGUGAGCAGGAGUAAGCCAUCUGGACAUGAAAGCUGGUGUAGACAUAGGGUUUUUUUUUUUUUUUUUAAACUGCUGUUGUUUCUAGGUGGGCUUUCAAGCAAAGGUUCCCUCCUCCAUUUCUUGCUUGAACUUUCUAGAGGCUGAUUAGACUGCAUUCCUGUCACUUAGAAUUCUCUGGGUUUGCUGGGAUUUCCUUUGAGGACCUGUACCUUAUUUCCGGGGGUUGAUGUGCCUGCAUACUAUCCAAUCAGGAGAGCAGUUGGGUGUGUGGCGAGUGUUUCAUCCAAUUAGAUUCUAAAACAGUGGACAUGGCCAUUCUGGGCUGCUGUCCAAUCUAGGCUGCUGUUGGGCGGUGCUCAGAAAUGAAAGAGGACACUCUGGGAGGUGUGGCGCACUAGCAAUUCCUCUUGUGCUCCUGGCAUCACCGUUUUUUCCUGCUUUUCACUCGCUGUUGCUCUCAGCUCAUGGUGAUUUGUACACUGGGAGGAGUCUUUGGUGAAUUCAGCACCUGGACUGCAAAAGGAUAAGAGAAGCAAUGCCCAGAAGAUUGAAGACACUGGAAUACUCCCUGCCAACUUCUAUGAAGCCAGCAUCACUAUGAUAACAAAAGCAGACAGGGACACAACCAAAAAAGAAAACUACAGACCAAUAGCUCUGAUGAACAUAGAUGCGAAAAUAUUGAACAAAAUUCUAGCCAACCAGAUACAGCAGUAUAUCAAAAAGAUUGUUCAUCAUGACCAAGUGGGGUUUAUCCCAGGCAUGCAAGCUUUAGGUGCACUGCUGUCAAAUGAAGAAGCCUUGGGUGGAUGUAAAGCAUAGUUUCAAGCUACUGCUGUGAUUUUUUUCUUCAUUUUCUGGAUUUCAAGGGAUUUCAGAGAAACAAGAAGAAAUGGCAGCUUCUCAGGGCUCAGUGACGUGUGAAGACGUAACUUUGAUAUUCACGCAGGAAGAGUGGGCACUACUAACUCCUUCAGAGAAGAAACUCUACAGAGAUGUGAUGUGGGAAACCUUCAUGAACCUUAUUUCAUUAGGAAUAUUAAAGGUAGACCAUUCCACCAAAGAGCAGCAUAACCACCAAGGGAAUAAACAAAGAAAUAUAGUGCUAAAAAUCUCUGAUGAGGGUAAAGAAAAAAGUCUGUAUGAAGAGAAGACUCAAGAAUUUGAGGUAUACAACAAACUAUUCAAUUAUUCUAGUUACCUUCAAAAACAUAAAAUAACUCACAGUGGAAAGAAGCCUUCUAAGUGUAAACUAAGUACUAAAAAAUUGAGACAAUCCAGUACUUUUUUGUCAAAUGAAAGUACACAGAAUGGAGAGAAACUCUAUGAAUGUAAAAAAUGUACUAAAACAUUCAGUCAUUUCAGUUCUCUUCAUUCACACCGAAGAACUCACAGUGGAGAGAAACCCUAUAAAUGUAAACAAUGUAGUAAAGCAUUCAUUUAUUCAAGUAAACUUCGGUUACAUGAAAGAACUCACAGUGGAGAGAAACCCUAUGAAUGUAAACAAUGUAAUAAAAGAUUUAGUCAUUCCAGUUAUCUUCAGUCACAUGAAAGAAUUCACAGUAAAGACAAACCCUAUGAAUGUAAACACUGUAAUAAAAGAUUUAGUCAUUCCAGUUCUCUUCAUUCACAUGAAAGAAUUCACACUGGAGAGAAACCCUAUGAAUGUAAACAAUGUAGUAAAAGAUUCAAUCAAUCCACUCAUCUUCAAAGACAUGAAAGAAUUCACAGUGGUGAGAAACCCUAUGAAUGUAAACAAUGUAGUAAAGCAUUCAGUCGACUCAAUGACCUUCAGGCACAUGAAAGAAAUCACAGUGGAUUGAAACCCUAUGAAUGUAAACAGUGUAGUAAAACAUUCAGUCAAUCCAGUCAUCUACGAAUACAUGAAAAAAAUCACAGUGGGUUAAAACCCUAUGAGUGUAAACAGUGUAGUAAAACAUUCAGUCGAUCUAGUCAUCUUCGAGUACAUGAAAGAAUUCACAGUGGAGAGAAACCCUAUGAGUGUAAACAGUGUAGUAAAACAUUCAGUCGAUCCAGUCAUCUUCGAGUACAUGAAAGAAUUCACAGUGGAAGGAAAUCCUAUGAAUGUAAACAGUGUAGUAAAACAUUCCGUCAAUUCUGUUCUCUUCAGUUACAUGAACGACUUCACAGUGGAGAGAAUCUUUAUGAAUGUAAACAAUGUGGUAAAAAGUUUAGUCGAUCCUGUCAUCUUCAGAUACAUGAAAGAACUCACAAUGGAGUGAAACCCUAUGAAUGUAAACAAUGUGGUAAUAGGUUCAGUCAGUCCAGUUCUCUUCGUUCACAUGAAAGAACUCAUAGUGGAGAGAAACCCUAUGAAUGUAAACAGUGUGGUAAAGCAUAUAGUCGUUCCAGUCAUCUUCAGGUACAUGAAAGAAUUCACAGUGGAGAGAAACCCUAUGAGUGUAAACAAUGUGGUAAAAUGUUCAGUCGGUCCAGUCAUCUUCGAAGACAUGAAAAAACUCACAGUGCAGAGAAAUCUUAUGAAUGUAAAUAAUACAGUAAAGUUUUCAGUUGUUCCACUACUAAUUGAACAUAUAAAAAUAGGCACAGUGUUAAUAAAUCUUAUGAGCAUAAAUAGUGUACUAAAGACUAGAAAAAGUGUUGCCACCUAAGAUCCAGCGUAGUAGUGAGUUUAGUCUGAUAUAUAAGAGGUUCCAAACUUGAUCCCCACACUGCAUGCACCUGAGUGAUGUUGUUUUUUCCUUCUCUCUUGUUAACAAGUGAGUAAAUAUUUUGAAUUAUAGAGAUCACAGUUCUGUAAGUGAAUCCAUACUUGUGAAUAUUGUGUAAAUAUAUGGAUAAAGAAAAGGCUUUCCAGUUCAUCUUUAAGUCUAAUACAUGGGAAAGCCCAACUGGUACUGAAACCAUAUUAAUGUAAACAAUGGUUAAAUAUAUUCAAAUGGAAUGACAGCUUCAUCACAUCAGAAAACACAGACAUCAGAAUCAGUACCUUGUCAGUGUAGAUAUUGUGGAUAUACUUUAUAGUCUUACUGAAGAACACAUAAUGGAGUGAAACUCAGUGGAUGAAAAACAAUUGAAUAAAGAUGGAUGCUACAAUUGUGAA